GCUCGGCACGGCACGGCACGGCCCGGCCCGGCCCGCUCGGCCCCGCCAUGUCGCAGGUGCUGCCCUACGGCGAGGACAAGGUGGGGCGCUACGGCGCCGAGCCCGAGGCGGGGGAGCUGCCCUUCAGCUGCCGCCUGCAGGACACCAACGCCUUCUUCGGGGGCAACCAGGGCAAGCGGCCCCCCAAGCUGGGACAGAUCGGCCGCGCCAAAAGAGUGGUGAUCGAGGAUGACCGGAUAGACGAGGUGCUCAAGGGCAUGACGGAGAAGUCGCCGUCGGGGGUAUAAACCCGGAGCCGCCGCCAGGACCCUCGGGCCCGGG